AUCACCGGGCAAUUGUCGGCGUGAGCUGAGCGUCUAUUCGGUCAUCGUAUCGACCAAUUGUUAUCGAGCCCGCGAAGUCAGGAACACGCUGCCACAUCCAGCAACUGCGGGCCGACGCUGCAAGAAGAUUACGUCAACAACGUGACGUUUUUUGAAGUGUCGCGCAAGUGUAGAACAGCAAGUUUUUCGCUAAAUUUGCAGCCAUCGAUGAAAGGCGGUGACUACGCGGCUCACAGUGCAGUCCGGACCACUCAGUAUAGUCCGGCCGAAGUCCUGGAUAUUUGCUCCUUUGAAGAACGGCGCCACGCGCAGGAAUACGAGGCCACAUUUAAGCAUCCAGGAUACAGAAGGUCUUGCGCCAGACAACUGAAGGAUGUAAUUCACAUGGCAGCACUGUACUUCGCUACCAAACGGGCUGGUGAAUCAUGUCUAAAACGUUGCACGUAAAAGAUGCCAGUAACGCCAGACAUGCAGCCGACAAAAGCAGCAUGGAAUGGCACGUCCAGAACAUCCCAUGCACAAAGACGGGUGGAGCGAGCUGUCGCUUACUGGACCACCGUCGUGGCUUAAACCGGAUCCUUCUAGAAGCUUGCCUAGAGCUUCGGGAAGACAGGCGAGGACAGAGCAGGGGCGAUGCCCUUAUUGCGGUCGUCGAGGCAGCCUCCUGCGGCUAUGUCCUGCUCGGCGUAGACGAAGACUUGCUCAAAUCGAAGCCACUGGAUCUUGUUGAACGACUACUGGCCGAGCAUCGCUGCAUCACAGCGAUAGAAUUCAACGCGAGCUCGAAGCAACGCCGUUCGUUGCUGUCUGCAGUAAAACGUAACUGCUCUUUAAAAAGCGUUACUAUCUGUGGCACAUUCAUUGGAGCUGACGACGCAGCUUUUAUGUGCGAAGUGAUCAAGUCUUGCUCGCAUCUCGAGAGUCUAGCUUUCAAGGUUCAUGAUUUCGAGAAGGAAUAUACAGUGAAUACAAGAUUGUUUGGGAGAUCACUUGACCUAGACUGGCAUCACCUGACGGCUCUCGACGUGGCAAAACUUUCAAUAUCCGCUAGAGAGGCGAGUUCGCUCAUCCGUGCUCUCACAGGAAACAAAACUAUCACUGACCUGCGCGUCGGAGAAAGCGUGUUCGGAUACCGCGAUGAAGCCUCCAACGCACUCUUCGCCAGCUACCUCGCCAAAGAAGGCUCAACGCUGCAAAAAUUGACACUCAAAUCGAGUGUUUAUUAUGACGGGGAGUUGCUCUUGAGAGAACUCAUCAAUGUGUUCUGCAAUAUGAAUACUUUGGAGGAGCUGAAUGCGGACAUCACUGUGAAGAAUCGAGAAUUCGUCCGGGUGGUCAGUCUCUUCGCCGAAGUGGUCUUUCGGAGCGCCUCAAUGCGCAGCCUGAGGUUACCAUCGACGCUCUGCGAAUGCUAUGGCACAUUCUGGAGCCCUACUGUCCAGCCUCCAGCUCCCAACGCCGCGCGAUGCAUGAAGCCCUGGCUCGCAGCCCUGCGGAGACCGAACUUGCCGCUCAGCAAGCUGUGCAUCGACUUGCGGCGCUUCGGGGAAGCUGAGUGCCACGCCUUCUUCGGCGCGGUUGCAGAAGCGGACGCCCUGAAGUCGGUGGUCGUUCAAUCCUUGCGUGCAAUCGACCGGCCGGACAGGGUCUGUGCCACCAUCCAGGAGCGAGGACUGAACGACCGAGUGGUCAUCCACUGGCCUUAUAUGCACAACGCAGAAUGUCUGCAGCAAUGCCCUCAAGUCAGCAGCGUAACCAUCAGAGCGACCCAUUUUCGGUGCAAUCGCGAGGUCGGUUUGCAGCCAGUUAUCUCUGCUAUAGACGCGGUCGGUGGCUGCUCUCACAUAACGUCGCUCUUGGUUAACUGCGAAUUCUUCGACCGCAGUGUGUUCUCCGCAUUGGCGGCAUGUAUAAGAGCCCCGUCCCCGCUUAUUGAUAUAAAUAUAAACCUCAAUUUAAAUUCACUUCAAACAGAACAAGAGAAUCGUGAUGUACAUGCGGAACUGGUGAGUGCGCUGGCCUCCAACCUCAGACUAGUCAGAGUCAACAUCAAGGGAGCACUGCUCUCCAACGAUGACUUCAAGUGGCUCGCGCAUGGUGCCACCAAGAGUCUCUGCCUCACAGAAUUAACCCUGACUCCUGCCUGUAUCUUCAAUGCCAGGUUUGGUCAAGACGGAGUAACGCGCAGCUGUUCGGUGCACAGGGCCGAGGCCUUGGCGGGAGAAUCCAUCGACAAGAACAGCGCACUGGCCGACAUCUUGGAAACGACGAGACGGAAUGCUUCCGCCGUCUUUGCUGCAGCUCAGUUCGUGUUAGGUCAGGAAGAUGGCGUCGAAGGCGCUCGUUCUAUCGAGCUGAUGCACGAUCAUCCUCGUCUGCUCGAAAUGGUGAGCGAAGGCGCUGACGUCACCAAGGCCGCCGCCAAGGAGAUGAUCAGCAGCGCCCUGCUUCGUGUUGGCCUCUUGAGCCUCGACGAGUUUAUGAGAAUGACCGGUGUCGUCAAGCAGAAGACUCAAUGCUUUGCACAUCCUGGUGCCAGGCGUCAGCUCUCUGACUUGAACCUCGACUGCUGGCUACACAUCCGCCGCUUCCUGAAGAUAGCGGACGUUCUGCAGCCUCGAGCCGAUCUAUGUGAAAACUGCCGGUAGUCACCGUCAGCAGAGCAGAGCUUUCAAGCAUUGGCAUAGAUGACACGGCAUGCCCCUAUGACGUCGACGUACGGCUG